AUGGCCACCAGCCACAGCAGCCAUCACCCGAAAUCUCCGAGGAGUCCUCGGCAGCUGCCAGCGCUGCCGGGCCACCGGAGUCCCAAUCAACUGACCUGCACCAAGUCGCCCAGCACGACGCGGGUCUUUGAGUUUCCGCCGGAGUUCUGCGGCACAAACUUCGAUGGCCUCGGCUCGUCAAAGAGUCCACAGAGGAGCCCCAGCUCGUGCAGCAGCAGCUCAUCGCAAACCGUACCCAGGAGCGCCAGCCUGCACGGCGGCAGCUGUCCAGCCGGCUUGAAGAGCCCGUGCUCUUCGGGCUCCAGUGGCUCGGCCAUUUUUCAGUUCUGCAAGCCCCGGCGCAACAUCAUCAAGACCUUGAGUUACCCGCCCAAGUCCCCACUCGACUCGCCGAGCACCAACACCCGGGGCAAGCAACCCAGGCCAAGCAGCCCGCGCGGCCCGGCCCAGGCACCCGGACCCUCGAGCCGCCAGCGCAACAUGAGCCUCAACCUAGGGCCCGACUCGCCAGCCUCGCCGAGCAUCGUCACGCCUUCCUCUGCGCGGGGUCUCGCGAAUGCGGCCGGGGACUCACCCUCCGAGGAGCUCUUUAGGGACUCGGCCUUCAGUCCCGACGGCUCCGCGAGUGUCGCCGGGCAAAUUCAGUCCGCUGAGUUGGCUGGUUGGCGCCGGCAGAGCUUGAAAACGUACAAGAAAAAGCGCUCGAGGAGUAAGGCGGUCCACGGGUGCCUGAACAAGAGCCAGAGUUACCUGAACGAGGUGGCCAAGCGGGAGGCCAAGACGGGUUGCUCGGCCGAGGGGGGGAGGAGUAUGUCGAGGAAGUCGACGAGCGACCUCACGGAGCUCAAUGACGCCGACACGGAGGUCACCGUGCUGUCCAGUCCGAGGAGGAGGGGGUCCAUGAAAGGGGGCCUAGCGUAUUUAGCAUCUCGACGUGGUUCACGAGAUAGUCAGAUCUCAAAUGUAUCAAAUGUGAGUAAUGAAGAGAUUGGACCACUUAACUUCAGUUCACACCCACGAGGACGACAGCGGAGAACAUCAAAUUUUUUGGAGUUGCCAGUUCCAGACCAUAUAAGACCUCGAGUCCUUAGCCUACCGGAGAAAGCGUAUAAUCCUCGAUCUGGAGAUGACUUAUACAGACUAAGGGCGUUCAGUAUAACCAACAAAGGAGUCGUCAAUCGUGGGGACUCUAUUCUUUCACGACGCAGUAGAAGCAAUACUUCAGUUAAUAGCAGUAGGAAUAGCAAUGUAUCUGGGGACCGAUCGCCAUUCGAUGGAAGUUGCUGUAGUGGUCAAGGUGUUGCAAGUUUAAGUACUGAAAGUGAACCUGAGGAAAUCACCAAGUACAGAGUCGUUUUAUUGGGAGAUUCUGGUGUCGGCAAGACUGCUCUUGUCUCACAAUUCAUGACCAGUGAAUACAUUAACACGUAUGACGCUAGUUUAGAUGACGAAUUUGGUGAAAAAACGGUUUCCAUUUUAUUAGAAGAUGAAGAGUCAGAUGUUAUUUUUAUUGACCAUCCACAUAUUGAAAUGAGCUUGGAGAACUCUUUGUCAACUUACGAACCCCAUGCUUGCAUCAUCGUCUACUCGAUAGUAUCUCGUGCCAGCUUCCAAAUGGCUGAGGAAAUGCUCAACUACCUUUGGCGCGAGCACUAUACUCAAGAGCGUUCUGUUAUUCUUGUUGGCAACAAGUCUGACCUUGCUAGAAGUCGUGCCAUUACCACAAAUGAGGGCAAGCAGCUGGCAACAUCACGGGAGUGCAAGUUCAUUGAGUCAUCAAGUGGCAUCAAGCAUAAUGUUGACGAGCUUCUCGUUGGUGUGCUUAAGCAGAUAAGGUUACGUGAGUCGCGCGACCGCAAGCUCCGCCGACGGGGUAGCAAGUUCAAGGUGCUCUCGAAGCUACAUGACAGCAAGACCGCUCUUAGUCUCAAUCUGGCGCGUGAUAUCCUCAGUAAGAUAUGCCUAAAUGACAACAAGAGUAAAAGCUGUGAGAACCUACAUGUUUUGUGA